AUGAAAAAAGUCCUGAUAUCAGGUGGCACCGGUUUUGUCGGUGCGGCCAUCGCCAGAGCUCUUGCAGAGAAACAUCCCGAGUGUGCCAUCACCAUCAUAGAUAUCAAGCCACCUGGACCGGUCCAUACUGUACCAGAUGGUAUUGAAUAUAUCAAGGUUGACGUUACUAUACAGGAGGAGGUCAGCAAGGCAAUAGAGCAAGCCAGACCGGAUGUUAUUAUCCACGCGGCCGGAAUUGUCCCAGCCCUGAGUGAACGAUUUGGAAGAAGGCUUGAAGGGCUUGUUUGGAAGACUAAUGUUGGAGGAACAGAGCAUAUCUUGCAGGCCGCUAAACAGAGUGGAGUGAAGGGCUUUAUUUACACCAGUUCUUGCUGUGUGGUGACGGAUCAAAUGGACGUACCGUACCACAACAUCGAUGAACAAUGGCCUAUACCCUCCUCCUCACUCAUCUAUGGCGAGUCAAAGGCUGCUGCAGAAGCUAUGGUUCUCAAUGAAUCAAGCGACACAAUGGCCACAUGUUCUCUCCGACCUUCUGUGCUAUGCGGACCGGGAGACGACCGGUUAGUCCCUGCAAUACAUGCGUGUAUAUCCAAGGGCGAAACCCCGUUCAUCGUCGGCGAUGGCCAGAAUCUGUGGGAUGUGACAUAUGUCACCAAUGUUGCCGAUGCCCAUGUCCUGGCUGCUGAGAAUUUGAUGUCUUCAAAGACUGCAGCCAGUGAAGUCUUCUUUAUUCAAAAUAAUGAACCCAUCACCUUUAGGGACUUUUGCCUUGCCAUAUGGGCCCAUUUUGGCCACACACCCCCAUUUGAGAUUCACAUCCCCAAGGCACUGGCUUAUCUUGUUGGCUUGAUCUGUGAAUUCUUGACAUGGGUCUUUGGAACAACCACUACCUUGAGCCGCGGCAGUGUUCGGGAUGCAUGCUCUGUUCGUUAUGCUAGUGGCGAGAAAGCAAAGCUGAUACUAGGGUACCUACCCAAAGUCGGGAUCGAAACGGGUGUUCGGCUCAGCUGUGAGGAUUAUGCUCGACGUAUGGGGAUCGAAUCACCAAUGCAGCAGGCAUGCACAUAUGACGAGGACUGGCCCGCAGCUUGGGCAACAAAACCCGCAGCCAGGUGUAUGCCCAACUUGUGUCAAGAAGCAUCAGGAUCCCAAUGGGGAUGGCAAAGAUUCGCGUGCUCCACCGUGGAAUCCCAAUUUCGGGCCGCCAUCUGUUGGAACCUGGCGCUUCUCAGAUCCACCGAUGUUGUUCAAUCCAAGUACCACUAUAAUGUGGAUGCAUGCGCCCUGCGCAAUCCUGAUAUUGCUGCCCAAAACUCAGCGCAGGCGGGUAUCUGUCGUCGGCUCCCCUCUUCCAUCUCGAUGUCCUAUGAUCCCAAUGUCCUUUCGAGCCUUUCCGGGCUGAUCCCACAAGAGAUGUAUCCCCCCAAGGGCAGUGCAAGGAAGCACCUGAUUGAACACACUCAAUCUGCCACCGCAAGGCCGCCGAAGCAAGUAUCGCCGGAAUUUGAGUUUCCUAUGCCAUACAGCGGUCUUCCGGUGGCUUCACACGCCUCUGGGAUAACUGUCUCACCCGUGGGGCCUUUGCCGCGUCCAAUUCUUUCGCGAGAGUGGGAACACCCCGCUCACCUGCCUCCGGAAUCGCUUAGGCGCGAUUACAACUUUGUUAAGCCAGCAGAGAAUCCGGAAUACCUGGUUGAAAGGCAUGGCCGACGUAAUUCUGAAAAGACCAAGGGCACUGUCCGUUACCAUUCACAGAGACGACCGUCCAACCGGGACGAAUUUGAUGGACCCCAUCAGUUACUAGAUGUCCCCUCUCCGCGUAUUAUAGCGGCUCAAGGAAGGGAUCUUCCUCAUCUCCCUACUAAUCUUGAUGUUUCAGAGCAAGAUCGAAUCUUGAGCGCAGUGAAUGACCGGCUGUCGCAAUGUGCUUUUGACUUUGUUGCAAAGUAUCAAUUUCCGAUUCCACUGGAACCGGACAAAAGACAGGUGAGGGUUCCCUCAGACCGUGAAUGGACUGAGUGGGUAUAUCUCCUUAAGAGACUGGCCACCAAGCGCCGCAUUCCCGCCCGGGUUUUGUAUAAUGGCCAAAUCAAACAAUUAGUCACGGUGCUGGAGAAUUCCCUGGAAAUGAGGCAUGCUGCCAAGCAUCAGUCCAGACCCAUCAAGGAUGAUCGAAAUGUUCUCCAGCUAAUUUCAGCUGGAACCCAAGUGGCAAAGAUCCUUAAAGAUGCCAGUGCCAUGGAAUACUUAGACCGUCUUUAUGUUGACACGGAGAAGCGCAUUCAGGAUCGACGAACUCGCCGGGUAAAGUUCGCCAAUCCAUGA